AUUGACUUUUUGAUGCUCUCGAUGACAACAAUGUCGGGAUGAUUGCUAUCGAUUUUUGAAAGUUGUUCAUCCUAACCCUGCACUGCAUGACCCCAAGAAUCUAUAAAAAAAAAUCCACAAUUUUCCACUCGCUGACCUCUGACCUGUUCAAUGACCUGUACUUACAAUGGAUCGCAGACGAAGGAUCAAGUACAAACUAGCGAGGAUCAGCGAGGAAGACGAGGACGCAGAGGAAGAGGCUAAUGAGGAGACAUCCAUGAUGAGUGAUACAUUUACUGAUGAACAAGAUUCGGAUAGCAACAUGGCAGACCCUGCACCUGAUAGUGUAAGUGAGCUGACAGAAGACACUGCCCAUGAUGAUGGUGACUCCCCCCCAACUGUGCCUGCUAGUAAUGGUAUCACACACUCAGAAAGUACUACUGCAAAUGAGACUGGCUUAUCAGUCUCCAUCGUUGGUGUCGACGAUGAUGCUACGCCAGGCAUUAGAGACGAAGGUAUGACAGAUAUAAGAUUAACUCCUUCAACACCGCCUCCUGGCUACAAGGAUCCUCCGUCUUAUAACAGUUGUAUGAAGUUUUCUGCUGUUGACAGCUCGGAGGAGAAACACAAAGAGGAUGAUGCUGAGAAUUUAGAAUGGGAUCAAGAUGAAUCAGUGGAGCCUCAUAUCGUGGUUAAUCCCUUGGAUACGGAGCUAGAGGAUCAAGCGUCGAGAUCAGUGAGGCGUCGUACAGACAGAGCAGAUGAAGAGAUUGAGAUGUCUGAGAUGGCAGGUAAAUCACCUAGCUCAUCAGAAAUCAUGGAGACCAGUUUAAUAGUUCCCAGCCAAACCGACUUCAGAGAUCAGCGCUAUGAGAUGCCCGAUCAGCCGAACUGGGAGUUGCCCGAGAUGGAGAGUCAGGAUCAGCCUCAGUCUUCGUGGGUGGAUAUCUUCCAUAAGAGGGUGACUGAGAUCAGCUCCAGACAUCUUCUCAUCAUUCUAUUCAGCGUUCUCAUUGCUAUCUUUGCUGUAUUAAUCAUCGUCUUGCUACCGUUGUCAUUCUCCUACCUGGAAUACUAUGAGCUCGGUCUGAGGGAGCAAAGAUCAACAGGCAGGAUCUUUUUCGGUGAGUCUGCGUUUGAGUCAGGAAGGCACGCCCUUGGACCAGAUUAUACCUUCAAGAAGUAUCCAUCGUGGGCUACUAACAUCCUUCUUGAGAACGUUGCCGUGACUACAACGUCUGGAUUAGCCAUCAGUUUCUCAUGCAGUUUCCAGUACUUUAUAAGGGAGGAUGAGCUGGGUUUAUUGGAGCAACGAUUUGAUUUGGGUUAUCACGAUGUUAUCGAGUUUGUUGCUCAGGCAGCCAUUAAGAAUAUUGCUGCAUCCACCGGCUUGGACAUGUAUCUAGAAAGAAGAAGGGAUGUCGAGGUUUCCUUUCACGAGACACUCAGAACAAAGCUAGGAGGUAAUUGCUGUUCAAACAGAGAGAAAUGCUUACUGGACAAUACAUGUCAUCUCUGUAGUAACUCCACAGUCAAUUGCAACCAGGGUUAUCAUGUAGAUAUUCCGUUCUUUCAACUUCUUACCAUCAAUCUACCCGACGUCAUCGUCAAUAAUAAUCUUGAGGUGCAACUGAUGAGCGAACAGGCUGAGAUGGAAACGUACAUCCAAGCUGAACUGCUGACCAGGAAAAAUAUUGAGAAAGCAACGGCCUUAAUUUCAAACAAAGCUGCGGAGGUCCUGACUAAUGGUACAGCUGCGGCUGACUUAAUCCUGUCGAUGGGCGAGGCAGAAGCACGUGCCAAGAUGGAAGCAGCAAACAGUCGAGGUCUGGCUCUGAUGUAUGAUAGAAUGGGUGUGGUUACCGACCAACACAAAGCAUCGUUACAUUGGCUGAGAAUGUUAGGACAGCAUGAGAUGCUGGUCAUGGGUGUAAGCUUCGAAGAGUACUUGCAGCUCAUGAAAAAUUACACCAUCACAUAGGAUAGACAUCAAAGAUGAUGGGUGUAAAUGGGUACAGGUGUGUUGGAUUGCCUUGGAGUUGAUGGGUGUAAAUGGGUACAGGUGUGUUGGAUUGCCUUGGAGUUGAUGGGUGUAAUUGGGUACAGGUGUGUUGGAUUGGCUCAGAGGGGAUGGGUGUAAUUGGGUACAGGUGUGUUGGAUUGCCUUGGAGUUGAUGGGUGUAAUUGGGUACAGGUGUGUUGGAUUGCCUUGGAGUUGAUGGGUGUAAAUGGGUACAGGUGUGUUGGAUUGCCUUGGAGUUGAUGGGUGUAAAUGGGUACAGGUGUGUUGGAUUGCCUUGGAGUUGAUGGGUGUAAUUGGGUACAGGUGUGUUGGAUUGCCUUGGAGUGGAUGGGUGUAAAUGGGUACAGGUGUGUUGGAUUGCCUUGGAGUUGAUGGGUGUGAAUGGGUACAGGUGUGUUGGAUUGGCUCAGAGGGGAUGGGUGUAAUGGGUACAGGUGUAUAGGAUGGGCUUGGAAGGAAGGUGCAAUUAGGUACACGUGUAUAAGGUGGGCGGCUCAGAGGGAGAUGGGUGUAAUGGGUACAGGAUGAGUUCAGGAGUAUUGGGUACAGGUGCAUAGGAUCAUGAGCUCAGAAGCGACUUGGUUUAAUGGGCACCAGUGAGUAGGUAUAACAAAAGAGGGCAAUAGGAGGUCCACGGUUGCAGGCGUUUACAAGCUUGCGUGUAUUGGAUGGCCUUUGAGGGGAUGGGUGUAAUUUGGGUACAGAGGCCGAUUUCACAUCGCAAGACAAAUUUUCAGUAUUACCAUAGUGAUUUGUGUUGUGACAUCACACUUUAUUAAGCAACUACGAUUGAUUUGCAGUUACGAUCAAUCUUCGAUCUUUGUGAAAUCGGUGAAUAGAAUGGGCUAAGAGGUAACCCGACUAACUUGCAAUUAAUAGUCGCGACUUUGACACUAGGCGGCCAGGCUUAAUGCAAAGCUUGUGGGUUUGAAUCCCACCCGAGUGAUUUGCCAAAAGAAAUAGUAAUAUUCUUUAUCACAAUGCAAAAAUAACUGAUCUAUAAACUCCAUGUUGAUGAUCCCAGAUCACCUAGUUAUUGUCCAGAGUUGAAGAAUGCAUGUGGAAGUUGUAUAUAGAGCAGUGCAAUUAAAUGUGUACAAAUGUAAAAUUUACUUCAGUAUGCAACAUCAUGUUUUGUACAUUGGUUGCAUUUCACAAAACCUUAAAGGAACGUUACAGAAUUGGUAAGAAACAAAAAUCGUGAAGAUCACAGAUUUACAUAAAACUUACACGGU